AUACUGCUUGAGGUCUCGAGUUCUCACGCUCAAGACCCGAAAUUUAUAUAUAUGUCACACGCACCUUAUAAACUCUGCUAAAAAGGGAAUCGCAAAAUUAGGGGGAAAUAGGUAUCUAGGGUUAGGGCUAACUCCGAUCGAUUGUAAUGGCUGAAAAUGAUGCUCAUCAAGGGAAGCGCAAAUUCGAAGAGGAGAGUAGUGCGAAUAGCGAUAUGAAAGAAGAAGAGUAUGAUUCUGAUCAUGAUAUGUAUGUCGGGAAUAGCGUAAUGGACCGAGAAACUCGGGAGAAGUAUUGGAAGCAGGUGGAGGAGAGCGACGGUUUUGAUAUCACUUUGGAUUUGGAAUUGGAUUGUUCUCUUGGGGCUCCAAUAGUUCCACAACGCCAUUGCCUCAACAAGACAGAGUUCAAUGAGAUUUCAUGCUUAGCUAUUGAUGCUUUCAAUUCACACAAUAAUACAAAAUUCCAAUUUGUUGAAAAUUUGUCUGUCACCACCACAAUUGCUGCUGGAUAUUGGUGUCGUAAUACCUUUCGAGCAAAGGAUUCUGAUUCUGACGCUUCAUUCAUCUUUCAAGCAAUGGGGUUCUGGGGAAUUUCUGGAGAUAGAAUUAUUGCAUUUUGCAGGCUCAAGAAAACACCCACUCAAGGUGAUGAAUAUCCUCCUUAUUCCAAUCCUGAUUAUGAAGUUCCACAUUGAGCUUGUCAUCUCUUUGAGCUCGUGUGGUCAUUUACUUUUCAGUAUUAUUAAGACAUGAAAAAAUACUUUGUGAUGUGUUUUCUACUUUUCUAGUUAUUUUAUUAAGUAGGUUUACUUGUGUUAUUUACUAAGACAAGGACACAGGUGACUUAUUAUGUUUGGUGAGGAAGCUUUUAUCAGAAUAACUUGUGGUAUUGAGGAAUUCUUUGUUGUAUGGUGUUUUGUUUCACUUUGAUCUAUGGUAUUUGCUACAUGAGCUCUGCGAUUGGGAGUCAUCAUGAGCCAGUCAGUACCUA